UUAUCAAGCAGCAAGUGCUCUUAACCACUGAGAACUCUCUCUAGCUCCUGUUUUUUGUUUUUAAUCAUCUUUAAUUAUGUGUGUGUGUGCGUUUGCGUUGGGUAUGUGUAUGUGUGCUGGCUAGUUUUGUCAACUUGACAUAAGCUAGAGUCAUCACAGAGGAGGGGCCUCAAUUGAGAAAAUGUCUCCAUGAGACUGGUCUGUAAGCAAGCCUGUUAACAUUUUCCACAUUAGUGAUUCAUGGGGCAGAGUCCAGCUCAUUGCGGGUGGCGCCAUCCCUGGGCUGGUGGUCCUGGGUUCUUUUAGAAAGCAGGCUGAGCAAGUCUACCACAGGAAGCAGCACCCCUCCAUGGCCUCGGCAUCAGCUCCUUCAGGUUCCUGCCCUGUUCCAGUUCCUGCCUUGGCUUCCCUCAGUGGAUUGUGAUUCAGGAUAUGUAUGCCAAACAAACACUUUCUCCCCAAGUUGCUUUGAUUAUGGUCUUUCUUUUUUGUUUUGUUUUCUUGAGACAGGGAUUCUCUUUGUAGCCUUGGCUGUCUCGGAUUUGCUUUGUAGACCAGGCUGGCCUCGAACUCAUAAGAGCUCUGCCUGCCUCUGCCUCUGCCUCCCAAGUGCUGGGACUACAACAGGCGUGCACCACCGCAUUGUGUGCCUAGAUCACAGCAAUAUUAACCCUAAUUAGGACAGCAUGUGAAUACCGGUGCUCAACCAGGCCAGAGAAUCCCUUGGAGACGUAGUUACUGACUGUUGGGAGUCACCCGAUGUGGAUUUUGGAAACUGAACUUGGGUCCUCUGAAGAGCAAUAAUGCUCUCAACCUCUGAGUUAUCUCUCCAGCUGCCUCCAAUCGGAACCUGGGUGGCUGGCUGCCCUCCUACAGCUGAGGCACCGGGGCCAUUCUAUCAGGCAGUAAGUGGGUAACUGCACGGUUUACAAGAACCAUCUGGUUGGAGUAGGAAGUGCCAGCUGAGUUCCCCGAGACAGGGCCCAGCGAUCCAGGGACAACAACAGUUCUGUUUAAAUGUAAAUCUCUGAGCAGGGCCAACUCUGUGCUGGAUGGAGCACAAGGCAGUCCAGGGCACUGCCCGCGCCUGUCCUUCCCGUCAGCUCCUGCUGUCACUCAGCAGUCGCUGGGCGGUCCCAGCCAAUCAGGGCCUCCAAGCUCACAGCGCUCAAUCAAAAGCGCCGGGAGGCGGGUCCUCUGGCCGCCAUGCUCCGCGGCCGAGGAAGGCUCGUGGACGCGUCUGCUACGCUGUGGCCGCCGCCGCCGAGACUGUGAGGACGCGGCCGCGCUCGGACACCGACAUGGCCUCAGUGAGCUUCGAGGAUGUGGCUGUGCACUUCACCCUGGAGGAGUGGGCUUUGCUGGACCCUUCCCAGAAGAGUCUGUACAGAGAUGUGAUGCAGGAGACCUGCAGAAACCUCGCUGCAGUAGGAAACAGAUGGGAAGAGACGAAUGUUGAAGACCAUUAUAAAAAUCCUGGGAGAAAUCCAAGAAGUCCCAUGUUAGAGACCCACUCUGAGAGUACCGACGCUGGUCAGAAUGAAGAAACCAUGAAGUGGAUCGCCAGUCUCCAGAGAAGCAUGAUGACAGUUUUUUCUGGACUAAUACCGUAUGAAUCCAAUGUGUGCGGAACGGAUUCCUUGUGUCACGUGUCCUCUAAUAGGCAUGCCACAUCUCACCCUGCUUAUAAACAUGAACAUGAGGAAUGUGGAUCUAAGCAAUAUGAUUUCAGCUCUCUCACUAGCUUUCAGAAGUGCAUGGGAGCUCACACUGGUAAGGAGCCUUGUGGAUGUGAGGUAUGUUCAAAAUCUUUCUGUUUUCCAAAUUCAUUAGGUGUACAUCAUGAGGCUCACGGUGGAAAAAUGCCCUGUCAAUACAGGGAGUGUGGAAAGACCUCUCUGUACACGCCUGGAGGAACCCACACGACGGGGAAGUUUUAUGAAUGUAAUAUUUGUGGUAAAGUCUUGAGUUCUUCCGCUUCCCUUCAAAGACAUGAAAUGAUUCACACUGAUAAACUCUAUAAAUGCACAUAUUGUGGUAAAUCUUUUAGAUAUCCAAAGUAUCUUCGAUUACACGAAAGAAUUCACACUGGAGAAAAACCCUAUGAAUGUAAACAGUGUGGUAAAGCCUUUAGAUUUCCUGGUUCCUUGCCGUUACAUAAAAAAAUUCAUACUGGAGAAAAACCCUAUGAAUGUAAACAAUGUGGUAAAGCCUUUAGGUUUCCUGGUUCCUUACCCUUGCAUGAAAAAAUUCAUACUGGGGAAAAGCCUUAUGAAUGUAAGCAAUGUGGGAAAGCUUUUAGGCGUCACUAUCAUCUUCAGUUACAUGAAAAAAUUCAUACCGGGGAAAAACCCUAUGACUGUAACCAGUGCGGGAAAGCCUUCCGACGGCACAGUCAUCUUCAGAGACAUGAACGGACUCAUGCUGGAAAGAAACCCCGAGAAUGCAAAUAACAUGCUAAACCCUGUGCACGUCACGGCUAUCUUCUGUUACAUGAAAGAACUCACCCUGGAGGAAAAAAUGCUGUCAGCGGAAACAGCGUUGGAAAAGCUUGCACUUACGUGAACUCGGUCAUAUUAGAUGCAAACCCUAUGAAGUAGACACUGUGGUGAAGCCAUUACAUGUGAUUGCCAGCUUCAGUUUUAUAAAUAAAUUUAUGCCAGAGAAAGCUAUGUGGACAUUGUGGUGACGCUCUUAGAUGUUAUACUUGACAGUGACAAAAACUGGAAGGAAAUCCUGUGGAUGUAAAUAGUGUGGCCAAAGUUCACACAUCACACACAUGACAUAACUGAUAUGUGAGAAGAAAACCUAUAAAUGUAAAUAUAUAUCUAUAUCUAUCUAUCUAUCUAUCCUCCCCUUGUGUAGACAAAAACACUUUAGUUCUUUCAUACUCAAUAAAACUCUGAGAGUGUAAGCUGGGGGAAAGGCAUCAGCUGUCAUGGUUUCAUCAGCAGUGACCCUGUGGGUUACUUACUGGACCAUGGACAGCUCGCCAGCACAGGCACCACCACACCGCCCAUGGCAGCUUGAGUGUUGCCUACAUUCCUAUAGAUCUGCACAACUUGGAGGGAGCUGAGCUGCUCAGAGCCUCUUGCCUCAGCAGUGUGUACUGUUCUGAGUACCUCCUCAGGGCUGUGGGACUUACAAGUUAGUUUACUUGUAAGUCUGCUGAGUCGUGUUCUUCCCUCCUAGGACAGUGUUUCAGUUAGAGGGUAGAGCUGGACAAUAAUCCACCCCUUUCUGUGACUCCUGCCUUUAAUUUUUUUUUUUAAAUUACUUUUUGAGCCUUGGAGAGGGUGAUGUUGAUAUCAGAAAUUUUACUGGUGGUUAUGAAUCUCUGAGGUACACCAUCACUGUAAAAGGAAGUGAGCCCACGAUAAGCUGUAGAUAACAGUCACAGUGAUCCAUGUGCAGAACUGUGGCUGUUAUAAGGCAGUUGGUUAGACACAUCACUUCUGUCGGCUAAAACAGUAGCAGUUAUUUUGCAGCUGGGGCUGCUGCUGUCUCCAGGCAUAGGAGUCUGUCCUGGCUUAUGGAACCAGACAUGAAUGUCCUACUGUAGAGUUAAGUUGCCUUAAACCCAGUGAGAGUCAUGCCGCUAUAACACCAACAGGCACAGCUUGCUUAGCAUUUUGGUACCGUAACACACAGGGUCUACAGCUGAGUGACACUGCUGGUGAGGAAUGUCUGCAGCCAGCAUGGAAGCCACCUCUGGCUCACUUCCAUGUCUUGUUGCCAAAGACCUUAUCUUCAGCACUAGGGUCUCAUCCUCUACAGAACUGUUGGGAUAGUCUUUGUGCAGUAUGUAAAGGUUGUAUUAUUCAAAUGUUGAUUUCUGUACCCGCAGAUUCUAAGCACUGUGUGGACUUUGGUAUUGUUACUUUUAUGAAGCAUCAUCUGUCUCAGUUUUUGGUAAACACUUUUCUCUAUCACCUUCUGAUUGGUUUAACAGAAUGCUGAGAUGGCAGGGGUUGAAAGGUGGGCCCUCUGGGCAGGGUUAGGAACUCUGGGAAAGAAUCAGAUGCAGGGGAUUCUUCUUCCAUGGAGGAAGAUGGACGUAUUGGGACUGAUUGAGAGGUAAUAGGCCACAUGGCAAAUGUGGACUACAUUAAAUGGGUUAAUUAAGUUACAUGAGUUAGUUGGGAAAUAGUCUAAGCUAAGUGCUUUCAUAAUAAAAGCUUAGGCUUUCAUAAUAGUAAUGUCUCUAUGUUAUUAUUUGAGAGCUGGCCAAUUGAGGCAGUCCAAUGAUACAUAACCAAGAGCAAUGAUAUGGUUUGUGGGGCUUCAGGAUCCUCCUUGGCCAACAGUUCGUACUGAGGUAGCCUACCCUUGUCAAUGGAAUAUUCACUUAACAACCUUACAGGUAUUCUGUCAGGAGGGUAUGUCCUGUACUUAAACAGCUAAAGAGCUAUUGUUUUAAGAGCCCAUUAAAAAAACAAACAAAACCCAC